AUGCCCGUCUCCGAGGAGCUCGAACGUCUUCGUCGCGACACCGCCAAGGGGAAGCAGGGGAUUUACGGCAUGCUCACUCCAGAUCAGCGUCGGGCGCAAGUGUCUAGCCGCACUCGCUGGAGCAAGCCCGAGAAGCGUGAGGGGCAUCUCGGCGACUUGCAGGAGCAGCUUACUUGCCUCCUGGCCGACGGGGUAGGUGUGUAUCAUUUAAGUUUUGUAGUUCGCAUUCGUCCGCAAGUGUUGGACAUCUCCAAAGACUGCAACAGGUGCCUAGAUUCCACCGCCGCCAAGUACAGGCUUGGCAAUUUGAUGCAGGGGCUGGACCCCAAGAGUAAACACACCGCCCGCAUGCCGCCCGGGGCCUGCCGCGACGCCUCCCCGCGGGCGCGGUCUCCGCCGCAGUGCGCGGGCGCCCCCGCCGCGGCCUCGGGGCGCGGCGCCGCGCGGGCUCCCCGCACGCCGCUGAGGAGGGCGCACUCCCCAGACGUGGGCGACUCCCGCGGCGCCACCUUCCACACGCCGAUGCCAGGGGCGGCCGCGGCGUGCCACGCGCCGCCGCUGCCGCCGGAGGGCUGCUUGAGCCCAGCCUUCCGGACGCCCCUGCCAGCGCACGCCGCCGCCAGCAUGGUCGACGCGGGGCCUGCAAGUCUGGGGCCGGCAUGGGCGAGGUCAGGAUUUGAGCCCACCCCGUCUCCUCCUCCUCUUCCUCCUCCUCCUCCUCCAGC